AUGGCAGAUGCCUCUUUGCUCAUUGGAUCGACCGUUCUUGGUAGCCUCUUAGCUUACGUGCUUUACAGAGAUAAGUAUCUGGAUAGAUUGAGUCUACCGCCUAGCCCCAAGUCUUAUCCUCUCAUUGGGCACCUUCUAUCUAUGCCAACCGAAUAUGAACAUCUGGAGUUCAUGAAACUCGGUAAAAUUCUCUCCCUGAGUGUAUUUGGGACAACCAUCAUUGUCUUGAACGACAAGGAGGAUGUAGUAAAUCUUUUCGACAAGCGCUCAGCAACAUAUUCUCAUCGCACCUGUGCUCGUAUGGUCAAAGACCCUACCUUGCCACGGAAGCUGAGAUCUGAGCAUAUACGCAACAGACUUGACUGGGAAGCUUUUGGGAGCUUGAUUGGCUAUGAUUACUUUGUGAAUACGGUCCCUGCGCUUUGUUAUGUCCCGGAAUGGUUUCCUGGGGCUAACUGGAAGCGAGAGGUACUGAGGUGGAGAAAAGAAAAAGAAACAUUCAUAGAAGAAUUAUAUAAUAUUGGACUGGAGAAUAUGCACAUGAACAAAGAAGAUAGCGCACGUAUCAUGAUAGCAUCUUUUCGAAAUGAUGCUCUGAAGUUGGGACUAAGCGAGGAGGCAGCCGAUGAUCAUGUUAAGCAAAUUUUAAUUACAUUGGUUGGCGCGGGCAUAGAGACUACCGUUAACACACUGAUGAUGUUUUUCCUGGCAAUGGUGCUAUACCCCGAGGCGCAAAAGAAAGCGCAGGAUGAACUUGAUUAUGUAUUAGGUGGUACACGGCUCCCUAGUUUCGAUGAUCGAACACGACUAGGUUGCGUCGAAAGGAUUGUGCAAGAAACUUUGAGAUGGGCACCCGUUGCCGGGCUUGCUCUCCCACACACCUGUUAUCAGGAUGAUACGUACAAAGGAUACCACAUCCCAAAGGGGGCAAUUAUCAUGGGGAACGUAUGGGCAAUAACCCGAGAUGAAACUGUCUAUAAAAACCCAGAGGCUUUUGACCCCGAUCGAUUUCUGAACCCUGCCACCCCUCCUUCCCCCGUAUUUGGAUGGGGACGCCGUCGUUGCCCGGGUAUUCAUUUUGCACAAUCUUCUCUCUUCAUAACUAUUGCUUCCAUACUUGCGACGUUCAACAUCGAAGUAGCUCGUGACAAAGACGGCAAGCAGAUUCCGCCAAGUGGAAAGAUGAUCAACUCGCUCAUUCUUCCCAAGUCGUAUCCCUUGAUUGGACACCUAUUCUCCGUGCCAACCAAGUAUGAGCAUCUGGAAUUUAUGAAGCUUGGUGAACAAAUAGGCAGCAAAAUAUUCUCCCUGAGCGUGUUCGGGACAACCAUCAUAGUCUUGAACGAUAGGGAAGAUACAGCCAAUCUAUUUGAAAAACGUUCAGCCAUAUAUUCUGAUCGGACCUGUGCGUGUAUGGUCAAAGAUCCCACCUUGCUUAACUGGGAGGCUUCGGCAAGCAUGAUUGGUUACGGAGAUCGAUGGAGAAAGUAUCGACGUCUGAUGAACCCUUGGCUCACCAAGAAAGCAAUUACAGUUCACCAUCGGUCACAGGAGCAAGCUGCAAGGAAGCUUCUGCAAAGGCUCUUGAAGAAUACAAAUAACAACUGGUCUUCGCACGAGGUCGAGGCUGAGAUUCUGUUGUCUGUUUCUGCAACACUGUUUCGUUCUUUAUAUGGGCACGAAGUAGAUUCAUCGAGUGACACACUCGCCACAAGGACACAGAAACUAAUUUCAUACAUGACAUACGCUUUAUUGAAUUCAAACUAUAUAGUAAAUACGGUACCUGCACUUCGCUAUGUGCCCAAAUGGUUUCCUGGGGCUGGUUGGAAACGAGAGGUGCUGAAAUGGCGGAAAGAAAAAGAAACUUUAAUCGAUGAAUUAUACGAAAUAGGGUUAGAGAAAAUGAAAACGGAGGAAAAUGCACACAUAAUGAUCGCCCCGUUGCGGAACGACGCUCUAAAACUGGGGCUAAACAAAGAUGAGGCCGAUGACUAUGUCAAACAAGUUUUAAUCACGAUGAUUGGAGCAGGGGUAGAGACCAUGGUGAAUACGUUGAUGGUGUUUUUGCUGGCUAUGGUGCUACAUCCCGAGCUACAAAGGAAGGCGCAGGAGGAGAUUGAUUCUGUAGUAGGACAGAAUCGACUUCCAGUCUUUGAUGACCGGGCUCAACUUGGUCAAAUCGAAAGGAUCGUGCAAGAAACCAUGAGAUGGGUCCCUGUUGCAGCGCUUGCUAUUCCACACACGUGUUUCCAGGAUGAUACUUACAAAGGAUACCGCAUUCCCAAAGGAGCAAUUAUUCGCUGCCCAGGUAGCCAUUUUGCAGAAUCAACUUUCUUCAUAACUGUCGCCUCUAUACUUGCAACGUUCAACAUCGAAGUAGCUCGUGACAAAGACGGCAAGCAGAUUCCGCCAAGUGGAAAGAUGAUCAACUCGCUCAUUCUCGCCCCAGAGGAGUUCAUGCUUAAGCUCACGCCCCGGUCAACGAAGCACGUAGAACUGAUACAACGGAGCAUCUAA